AACACGACAUUGUGCUUUUCCAUGUCCUCGCCAUAGACCUACUACAUCCAUACUCUUUGCAAUGGACAAGUAUAUUACACAAAGGAUGCCCACGGGGACCGUGAUAGCGCAGACGGUGGGAAUUACAACGAGCCUGUUUCUGCUGGGAGGUAAUGCAGUUCUCUCGCUUGUCGCUAUCCCUGCUGCUAUGCAGGCGCCCGCUGCCCUCGCCGUAAAGCAAUGGCAUACCAUCUUCACCCGCGGCGGUGCAAUCGGUCGACCUCUUGCCAUCAUCUCUGCCAUUGCGACCGGAUAUUUGGCGUAUAAGCAAGACCCCAAGUCUACGCCCUUCCGUCUCAACGUCGCCGCCACCAUCCUACUCCCCAGCAUCGUACCCUUUACCCUCCUCGUUCUCGGGCCCACAAACAACAAGCUCAUCGCAAAGAAGGACGAGUUUGCUGCGGCACAUGCAAAGGGCAAGGCUAUCAAGGCAAACACUGCCGACGGAGAGACAGUGCAUGAGUUGAUGGACAAAUGGGCUACGCUGAAUGCGGCGAGAGCAGUCCUGGUGGCUGCCGGGGCUCUGUGCACUGUCAUCGCCGCGGUAAACAAGAGGGAAGUUGCGAAAUUGGGAAGCAUGUCCAUGGCGAGUAGACUGGGGUGGUAGAGAAUCAGUCGAGUAUGUAAGAUGAAGAUGAGAAGAAAGUCUAGAAUUCAUAUAUGAGUACAAGCAGCUAUUUCAUGAACCAUGGAUAAACUUAUAACCCGUAGAUGAAGGUGAUCCUUUCGUCACCCUCUCUGCCGGAUCGGCUGGCCUCGUCAAGCCAGUCGGCAAGCCAGUCAAGCCUUCCAGUCGACCGUGCCAUAUCGAUGACUUUGUUGAUCCACUGCCGUUGCUGCGGCAAUGGCCCUCUGCCCUCUAGCCUCUCCAACUCAACGUCACUUUCACUCCACUUGCGCAAAAGGCUCCUUCGUUGCUCAUUCUCCACCUGCAGUUGCC